UUUACUGGCUGCUGCAAACAGAAGUAGUCCUUUGCUAUCCAUACGCAAUCUAUCUCUCUCUACCUUUUAUAUGUAAACCUUGUGAUGAUAUAUCAAUUUUCUUGUUACAAAAUUACACGCAAUCUUUGAAACAUAAGAUUUGCCACACAAUUUCGUUUGGGCUAAAGUUUAUCUAUCUAGGAUUCUUUAUAUUAAUUCAUUCAAUAACCACCAAAAGAAAAGGACUAAAAACCAUAAUAACAUGAAUAACAAUGUUGUUUAUGAUGAAAAAAACAUUGAAUUAAGAUGAUUAAUAUCUUGUUGAGUGCUUUUCAAUGAUGAUAAUCAAGAUCAACAACCAACAAAAUCAACAGUGUUUUUCUUUUUAUGAUAUUUUUCCUUAUUUUUGAGAAUAAUAUUUAUAUAUUUUAUUUUAGAAAGACAGCUUUCAUAUGUUUGCAUUGUCUUAAACUCUUUUGAUUUGAUCCCCCACACGUUUACUAUAGUAGUAAUAAAGUUAAUAAUAAUAAGUAUAGGGAAGUAGAUUUGUUCAUAUCUUUGAUUUCAUCAUCCUCAAAAUUCACUUUUUUUUGUUUUUCAUUCCUAUUUUUAGUCCAUUUUUUUCUGUUACAUAUACAAACACAAAGAUUCCCUCUUUUUUCUUCCUUCAUUCUUUACAUAACCAUUCUAAUUUCAAUCUCUGGUUUCUGUUUUGUUUUUUCUCUUUCAAUUUCAAUGAAGAACUUCAUUGCUCUCCUCCUUUGCACUCUACUGAUUUUUGUUCAUGGAGGUUUUGUCAUGGGUGCAGGAACCAAAGAUGGUUCUGAACAAUGGGGUUAUGUUCAAGUUAGGCCAAAAGCACAUAUGUUUUGGUGGCAUUAUAAAAGUCCAUACAGAGUUGAUGAUCCUUCAAAACCUUGGCCUAUGAUUCUAUGGUUGCAGGGUGGACCUGGUGCUUCAGGAGUUGGAAUUGGCAAUUUUCAAGAAAUUGGACCUCUAGACAACUUCUUAAACCCAAGGAAUUCAACUUGGUUGAAGAAAGCUGAUCUCUUAUUUGUAGAUAAUCCAGUGGGAACUGGAUAUAGUUUUGUGGAAGAUGACAAUGCAUAUGUGAAAACUGAUGAAGAAGCAGCAACUGAUUUAACUACUUUGUUAAGAAAACUCUUCAAUAAGAAUGAACAACUUCAAAAGAGUCCAUUAUAUGUUGUAGCUGAAUCUUAUGGUGGUAAAUAUGCUGUUACUCUUGGAUUAUCAAUUGUUAAAGCCAUGAAAGCUGGUCAUUUGAAAAUCAAAUUUGGAGGGGUUGCUCUUGGUGAUAGUUGGAUUUCACCACAAGAUUAUGUGUUCUCAUGGGGGCCAUUGCUUAAAGAUUUAUCGCGGCUCGAUAACAACGGAUUAGCGAAAUCGAAAAGACUAGCUCAGCAGAUUAAGCGACAAAUUGAAGCUGGACAAUUUGUAAAUGCAACAGAUACAUGGGGCGACCUUCAGAACGUGAUUGUUUUGGGCAGCAAUUCAGUGGAUUUUUACAAUUUUAUGCUGGACUCUGCAAAUGAUCCAUUAGAAUCAACGGCUACGUCUCUUCAAUCAUCGAAAGCAGCAGUGUCAUCUCAAAAGUAUUCAACAUAUCUUGGCACCACCCAAAAAUUUACUCCCGAUGGGGAUGGGGAUGUACGUACCUUAAUGAAUGGUGCUAUUAAAGACAAACUCAAGAUUAUCCCAGAGAAUGUUAGAUGGGGAAGUCAGUCUGGGAAUGUUUUUGCUGCCCUGUCCGGUGACUUCAUGAAACCAAGAAUCAAUGAGGUUGAUGAACUGUUGAAGAAUGGGGUCAAUGUGACAGUGUAUAAUGGACAGGUUGAUCUCAUUUGUGCAACCAAGGGAACUGAAGCAUGGGUUGAGAAACUCAAGUGGGAAGGGCUUAAAACUUUCUUGAGUUUGGAUAGAAAUCCUCUCUAUUGCGAGGACGAUACUGUAACUACUAAAGGAUUUGUCAGAUCAUACAAGAAUCUGCAUUUUUACUGGAUUUUGGGUGCUGGUCAUUUUGUACCUGUGGAUCAGCCUUGUAUAUCACUGCAGAUGAUAGGGGACAUUACACAAUCUCCAAAUUAACUCAUCAUUUUGACUUUGAGCAGACACGAUAUCGUUUAACUCAUCAUUGUGAAAAAUAAAGGUAAAAUUAGGCCACAGAAAGAGAAAUAAACUUUGUUUUUCCAGCCCUUACAUUUUGACUUACGAUGGGAGAGAGCAAAAAUGUCACCAGGUUCAGCUAAUGCUUUUGUAUUGCAAAGUUGUAACUGUUAUUUUUUUCAAUUGGCGCGAUUCUAAUUUAACGAUAUAAAUCAAUAAUGAUGCUUGUUUCAAUUACCAAAAA